CAUGGAUGAGGUCGCUGGCACCGCUCUCAGGAAGGGCAGCUCCUUAUCUCCAAUGAGGCAGCAGAAUAGGGAGCAAACUGGGGGCACAACCUCGGUGGCGGAAGGUGGGAUGGAGUGCGCAAAAACUCGAGUUUAAUCCCCAUCAAACCGUUGGAGCAGGAGUGUGUCCAAACGUUGACUCAGAAUAACAAUAAGAACAAAAGUGAAUACAGGAAUUUUGAGUAUGGAGUCCUCCAGGACCGGGUUUUCAACACAUAUCGACUGAUGCACACUUACCAGACUGUGGAGUUUGUGAAGAGAAAGAUCUCUCAGUGGACCCCAUGUUUACAGACUGAGAUGACAGUGAUGGAGGCUCUUCAGAUGCUUGACAAUUUGGUUGAUGAAUCUGACCCUGAUGUGGAUUUUCCAAACUCUUUCCAUGCCUACCAAACAGCAGAAGCAAUCAGGAGCAUUUAUCCCAGCCUGGACUGGCUGCACCUGGUUGGACUGCUACAUGAUCUUGGGAAAAUCCUUGCAGUCUGGGGGGAGCCACAGUGGUGUGUGGUCGGAGACACUUACCCAGUCGGGUGUAGGUUUCAGGAUUCCAUCACUUACAGGGACACCACAUUCACAGACAAUCCAGACCUCAAGGACCCAAGAUACAGCUCGCUCUAUGGGAUUUAUGAGCCUAACUGUGGUUUGGAUAAAGUGCUGAUGUCGUGGGGGCACGAUGAAUACCUGUAUAAUGUGCUGAAAACUAAUGGAUGCAAACUUCCUGAAGAGGCACUGUAUAUUAUCCGCUACCAUUCGUUCUAUCCCUGGCACACCAAGGGAGAUUACAUGCAUCUCUGUAACAGCAAAGACCUGAAGAUGCUGGAGUGGGUUAAAGAAUUCAAUAAGUUUGAUCUGUACACCAAGAGCGAGGAUUUACCUGAUGUAAAGAAACUACAGCCCUAUUAUCAACUACUGAUUGAUAAAUACUGUCCUGGGAGAUUGCGUUGGUAACCAGUGGGACAUAUUGCACCCAAGCUCAACACCUCAAUCUCAAACUAACAAUGGCCUUCAGAUUUUGGGCAACUUCAGAAAAUGUUCAAAAUUAAUCACAUUUCCAAGAAACACCUAGCUUCCAAAUGAAAAUAUUACCCCAGUUCCCCAUUUUUAAGCUUAUCCUAUCAUCUAGCUUUCAGCGUUAUGUUUUACCCAGCAAUAACUCACAAACCCAGUGACAAUGGCUCUGUGCCUUUCUAAACAUCAUUGCUGGCAGAUCCUUGCCUCUGCUAUGUCUCCUCUACCUGACAUUAAGUCUGAGAACAAACUUUGGAACAAGGAAGAACCUUGAAGUAAAAACAUUUUAUGUUGAUUAA